GGCUGGAGAUGGUGGGGUGGGAGGCCCUGGAGAAAGGUUUGGGAGAUUGGGAAGGUGAGAAGUUUGGGGUAAAGGCUGUAAACAGCCUUGAGCAAGGAGGGAGACCUAAGUGCAAGUCCGGAUAGAGGCCGGUGGGCUCACUUUGCGAGGUAGAGCAAUCGCCAGAGGAGGUUGGCAUGGGAUGAGAGGAGGCAAAGAGCUGGGCUGUAACCCCUUCCAGACCGCUGACCACGCCCCUCUAGGUGAGCUAGACCAGGUUCUUCUGACAGGUUCUGCCCAGCCCUCCCUCUCCCCAUCUCAUUUCAUCAAUAACCCUGAUCCCGACCCUCGCCAGGAUGGAGAAAGGUAGAAGGUAGAGGACGCCACCCCCAUCCUAUUUCCUGCCACGCUCCGGGGUUGUUUGCUUGCAGCUCCCAGGUGGUCACCUCCCUGCACCUGCGGAGCUAGCUGCCAUAAAUGUGAAGAACGGAAAUGAGCCAGUUUCCUCCGCCUCCCUGGGUUCUCUUGAGGCCACUCCACAGUCCUGUUACGACUGCCUCACCCAGAUCUCCAGUAGCUGCCCUGUCCCCACUCCCCAAACAGCUGGUCCCAAGAUUGCUGUUGGAGUGCUGGAUGGAGCCUGUCUCUGUCUUUUGUUACAUUUCCAAUUUUAUAUAAUGCUUCACAUCUCUGCUCCCCCGGGACCUCCUGGAGUCCCCAUGAUCCUGAAGAAGACAGUUUGAAUCUAGGUGAGUCUAUCUCUCCCCCUCUAAGAUUGGAAGGAAUGUUCUCCAGAGAAUGCUCUGGAAUGGCCUUGGGACCUGAAUGAUGUAAGCAUUCCUGGGGGUAGGGACUGAGUAGGUGGUAGGAGUGGUUUGAGGGAGGGGUGGUGGAGAGUGAAACUUAGGCUGGAAGUGACAGGUGGUGCGGCCUGCUGAUGGUUACGUUCUAUUUCUUUUUGUAUACUUGUGUGCGCCCUUGUGUGACUUUGUUCUUUUCCUUUCCCCUCUUUACCCCUGUCCACCACCUUCAUCAAUACCCGAUGAUCUCUCUGCUGGCAUGCUGUCUUCCUGUCCCCCCAGAACUCUCCUCUCUCUCUCAUCCAGACCUCAGCGCAGGAUGUUGCGGAGGUUGCUGGAGCGGCCCUGCACGCUGGCCCUGCUUGUGGGCUCCCAGCUGGCAGUCAUGAUGUACCUGUCGUUGGGGGGCUUUCGAAGCCUCAGUGCCCUCUUUGGCCGAGAGCAGGAGCCGACAUUUGACUAUUCUCAUCCACAUGAUGUCUACAGUAACCUCAGUCACCUGCCUGGGGCCCCUGUUGCCCCAGGGGGCCUCCCAGCUCCUCAAGGCCUGCCGUACUGUCCAGAACGAUCUCCUCUCUUAGUGGGUCCUGUGUCCGUGUCCUUCACCCCGGUGCCGUCGCUGGCAGAGAUCAUGGAGAGGAACCCCCGGGUGGGGCCGGGGGGCCGAUACCGCCCUGCAGGCUGUGAGCCCCGGUCCCGGACAGCUGUCAUUGUGCCUCACCGUGCCCGGGAGCACCACCUGCGCCUGCUGCUCUACCACCUGCAUCCGUUCCUGCAGCGCCAGCAGCUUGCUUAUGGCAUCUAUGUCAUACACCAGGCUGGAAAUGGAACAUUUAAUAGGGCAAAGCUGCUGAAUGUUGGGGUGCGGGAGGCCCUGCGUGAUGAAGAAUGGGACUGCUUGUUCCUACAUGAUGUGGAUCUCCUGCCAGAGAACGACCACAAUCUGUAUGUGUGCGACCCCCGAGGACCUCGGCACGUUGCUGUUGCCAUGAACAAGUUUGGAUACAGCCUCCCAUAUCCCCAGUACUUUGGCGGGGUUUCGGCGCUCACUCCUGACCAGUACCUGAAGAUGAAUGGCUUCCCCAAUGAAUACUGGGGCUGGGGUGGUGAGGAUGAUGACAUUGCUGCCAGGGUUCGCUUGGCUGGGAUGAAGAUCUCUCGUCCCCCCACAUCUGUGGGGCACUAUAAGAUGGUGAAACACCGAGGAGAUAAGGGCAACGAGGAAAAUCCCCACAGAUUUGACCUCCUGGUCCGUACCCAGAAUUCCUGGACUCAAGAUGGCAUGAACUCACUGACAUACCAAUUGCUGUCUCGAGAGCUGGGCCCUCUCUAUACCAACAUCACAGCAGACAUUGGAACUGACCCUCGGGGUCCCCGGACUUCCUCUGGUCCCCAUUACCCGCCUGGUUCCUCCCAAGCCUUCCGUCAGGAGAUGCUGCAGCGCCGGCCCCCAGCCAGGCCUGGCCCUCUGCCUACUGCCAACCACACAGCUCCCCAUGGUUCACACUGACUCCUUCUUAAUCAUGAAGCUGAAUCUUUCCCACUUUAAUCAUGAAACUGAAUCGGAGGGGUUACAUUUUCCCCACCCUCGGCUCCUCACUGCUCUUAGAGGGAUGUGGGGGAACUGAGCUUCACUGCUGUGCUGGGGGCAGGGGCCUCUCCUCACUGCUGGACUGGAGCUGGGCUCCUCUGGCCCUGGGGGUCUCUCUUUCUAGGGUCACCUGCCAGGGCUUAUGACUGUGAAUCCUUGAUGUCAUGACAUGUGAUGACUACUAGGACUCCCCUGCCCAUGGGGUAGGAGCAGGGCUGGACCCCAAAUCCCUUCUUCUUCCAUGGAGAGAAGAGUGAUCUGGCUUCUCCCGGGACCUCUGUGAAUAUUUAUUCUAUUUAUGGUUCCCAGGAAGUGUGUUUGAAGGAAGCCCCUCCCUGGGUACUUUCUGCCGGUAAUGGAGUAGCUCCCUCUUUUGAACCUGGCUCAGGGGGCUGGGAUUUUGAUAUAUUUUCUAAUAAAGGACUUUGUCUUGCCUCUG